AGAAAACUGUCCCAUUCUACCCGGAAGUACCUACCACAAGAGGUUUGACCUUCUUCCACACAUCUGGAACAUCAGAGACAAGUAUGGCGUAUUUACAAAUUGUUGUAGUUGGGUGGAAGAUAAAGCCUUAGCCUCGAGUGUCCUGGUCUCUGAAAAAGAAAUUCAGGAGUUUUUUGGAAUUUUGAUUUCUUACCAAGUAAAAGUGAAGAUGUACAUUGGUUCACUUAACCCUUUACCUGGAGGUGACAGCAGUGUAUUUUUACCCUUUUUCCUGAUGUACCGUAAUCCAGCCAAGUCACAAAAUAAUGACGUAUUGGAUUCAGAACACAGUUCACCAAUUCCUUUGAUCAACUCCAUCAACUAUAAGAAAAAGGAUAAUAGUAACUCGGACAAAGACAACUAUAAUUGUUCCGAGGAUUUCAAUGUUGACGAUCUUGCUCAAGUCCGAGUCCGCCGUGUUCCUCUUAUCGCAUAAUUCUUAUACUGGCUGCGGCGUGUCGUAGUUUCUUGUAUUGUGUUAGUAUUUUUGUUGUUUUUUUAUAUAUAUUUGAAUUUUAAGAAUAUUUUUUUUUAUUAAUGGAAACUUAACAAAAUAAAUGUUCGAGCGAAAUCCAAAAUGUAUUUAUUGAACGUAAUCCUCUAAUAAAUAAAUUGCGAACUAGCUCCAAGAUUUAUUUUGUUUAGUUUUUUUACAUGUCUGAACUUAGUAAACCCUGAAGAUAGGUCUUUA